UUACUGGUGCAUGCAUCUACAACUCAGAACAGUCAUACUCGAUUCAAACCAACUUCAACUCGCAUACGUAUAAACGCACCCCCGAUUGACACAUCGCAGCGCAAUGACAGUUCACGGAGAAUUCCAAAACAAAACAACGUAUACGCGAAACUGGUGGAAAAACUCGUUCUACCUCUUAAAUAGGUGUAUCAAGUGGAAAAAUGUUUCGAAAAUCUAAACAAACUGUGGCCCCGCUCCCGAAACCACCCACCGAAGAGCAAAUGCGAGAGGAUUUACAGCUGUUUCACGAGACAAGACCUGCGCCACAGCAAAUUUCCAGCGAAAACCUACCAACCUUAACCGAGGAACCGAGCAUGGACGAUUGGUGGAAGGUGUACGAUGCCACGGUGGAACACCACGAACAGUUUCAGGGACUGAAGACGAAUGCACAAGAGCUGAAGAGGACGCUACAAGAAAUGCGCGAUGAAUUGCAGGCAGCGUGCGAUAAAAUUAUGGCCGAAAUCAGUCAAGAUUUGGAACGGCUAGGUACAACGAUGUCGGAAUAGGUUCAUAGUAAUGUAUGUUAAAUUUCGGUUAUAUCUUGACCGAUGUGAUUCGAACGUAUUGGAAUAAAACUACGGGUGUUUAUUGUUGUAAUCCUGGA